AUGCCGACGCGGCACGUCGACCCCCACGCCGACGAGCACCUCGAGGACGUCGCCAAGGCGCUCCUCAAGGCGCGCAAGGUCGUCGUCGUGACGGGCGCCGGCAUCAGCACCAACUCGGGCAUCCCAGACUUUCGCUCCGAGAAUGGCCUCUACUCGCUGAUCCAGGCCCAGUUCGAUGCUGCUGCGCGACAGGCGCGUCUGGCCGAGGCGGCGGACGCGGCGGCUGCCAAUGCCGACAAAGACGCGUUUGACGAGGAGCGCCCCAGCAAGCGACGCAAGAUAUCACGCGAGGGCUCCGUCGAGGCGGCCGAGGUGAAGCCGGAACAAAUCAAGGAAGAGAAGAGGGAAGAGAUUGGCGAGUCGAUUACCGUCCAGGUGGACUUGCCGCCGUUGCAAGACGAUGCAGAGACAGCUAUGCCCGAACGUGACGAGAAGCCCGAGCUUCCAUGCUACAGCACACCACGCAUUGGUCCGACCGUGGCGAUGCCGGCACAAUUCACGACCUCGCCGCUGUCAUCCCCACCAGCCGAAGACUUCAUUCUCCCGCCUUGUACGCUUCGACACACGCACCGACGUCUCAUUGACGUGGCCAUGCCGCUCAGCUCCUCCCCGCUGUCGUCACCGCCACCUGUUCUCUUCGACCCUUUUGUCCCCAGUUCGCCUUCUGACGCGAGCUCCGGCCGGCGGAGCAGCACAUCCCCGUCAGAGGUGGACGACAGCCUCCCGUCUUCUAACCCGUUCAGCUGCUCGCAGACGUCUACAUCAUCACUGAACACCCUGCCAAACAUGAAGGGCAAGGACUUGUUCGACGCCAACAUCUGGUCCGACCCCAUCAGGACGUCCGUCUUCUACACAUUCGCCACGUCGUUGCGGCAGAAGAUUAAAGAGGCAGAGCCGACCGACUCUCAUCGAUUCAUCAGCCAUCUUCGAGACCGUGGCAAGCUCGUCCGCUGCUACACGCAAAACAUUGACCAAAUCGAAGAAAAGGUCGGCCUGUCAACCUGCCUACAACAUGGAGCCGGCAGCAAGGGACGAUUUUCCCGAAGAUCCACGGCAAACACCAGCCAGCUAAACAAAAUGGUCGAGGAAGCCUCCAUGGUGGGCGCCGAGCCGAACAACACAGAGAGUUCAAGCCAGCCCCAAUCGAGCCAGUCCCAAAGCCAACCUGAGCCAGAGUCGAGCCAGCAGAGCCAGGAACCUAGCCAGCAGAGUCAGGAGCCUCCGUCGGACGAGAACAGCACGCCGACGACAGACGCAGAAACACCAUCGACUGACCAGGGUAAGCUGCAGACCCAAGCGCAAAAGCCUCGCUCCGGCGUGGAGUGCGUCUUCCUGCACGGUUCUCUAGAACUCCUCAGAUGCUUCCUCUGCGGCAAGCUCUGCUCCUGGGACGACGAGGAACGCGAGACACAGACCUUGGCGGGACAGCAGCCCGAGUGCCCUCACUGCGUUGGCGCGACUGUUGCCCGCGAGGAGCGAGGCAAACGACGGCUGGGCGUAGGCAAGCUGCGGCCCGACAUUGUCCUCUACGGAGAAGACAACCCCAACACGCCUCUCAUCCACCCCAUCGUCACGCACGACCUGGCACUCUAUCCUGACAUGCUGCUAAUUCUGGGAACAAGCCUGCGAGUCCACGGCCUCAAGGUCAUGGUGAGGGAGUUUGCCAAGGCCGUGCACAGCAAGGGCGGGAACGUGGUGUUUGUUAACUUCACCAAGCCACCGGAGAGCUCUUGGGGCGAUGUUAUCGAUUAUUGGGUGCAGUGGGAUUGCGACGCCUGGGUCGCGGACCUGCAGAACAGGAUACCCAAGCUCUGGCAGGAGCCUGAGCCCCCGCGUCCGAAGAAGAAGCGGGAGUCUACCGAGGGUAAGGAAGAGAAGAAGAAGCCGCCUGCAGCGAACCCCGUUGCGCUGCGCGACACCAAGGUCACUGGCGCGUAUUGGACGUGCAAGGUGCUUCAAGAGCUGCACCGGAUCACAGGGACGACGCCACCACCUGCUCGGCGCGCCUCCAUCUCGGCUCCCGUGGACGCAGCCCAUGGCGCCAUCGAGGUGGCUACCGGCGCACUCGAGAAGGCCACUAAGCCGAAGCAACGGAAACCGAGAAAGUCAGCGCCGGGCGCGUUGGAAAAGCCGAAGCGAACGUCGUCGACGCUCAAUCCCAAUCACGGUAGGUCUAAGAAGGCCGCAACGGAGGCUGCGCAAACUACAGUCGGCUCGACGGAGACGCCUCUGGAGAGCAGGACAAGCAUCAGCUCGAUACUCAAUUCCGUCAAGGAGAACCCUAGGAUUCGCAAGAGGAAGAAGAUUGACGGCGAGGAGGUACCCGCGCCCUUUGUUGGCAGGAGACGCACGCCAGCGCAGACGGCCAAGGCAGCGGCGCCGGAACUCAAGCUCGCGCCCAUGGCAUCACCGCCUCUGCCGGCAGCCAAGUCACACUACGGGCGGCCGCAGCCAAUGGAGCCCAAGAGCCCUCCGUCCGGGCCGCUGGCGACUCUGUCACCGAACCGGCGCAGCGCUGCUGCCGUCUUUCCAAGGACCAAGCUCUUUUGCAUCGAGGACCCGUGGGUGCACAUGCUGGACUCGGGGCCGCAGUGGUCCGCGUCGUGGCUCGGCGCCGAGGACAAGGUGCCGCUCCAGUUUGGCAACAAGACGGCGCCGCUGUCAGGGCUGGCGUCGAGCCCGACGCUGCUGAGGGCCGCGCCGACGCCUCAGCAAUACGGGGAUCUUGCACGGUGGGGUUCCAACUGGAGGUGA